GUAUCCCAUUCAACAAACACAUUUGUACCUUUAAGGACACUCACCUGGGAAUUCUCCCGUAAGAGCCCCCGCGCCGAUGUAAACACAAGCAAUACUACACAAUCGUUGUGAUUUUGAGGGAGAUUCACUGCCUGAUCGUAUAUAUUGACGAUGCCCUCCAUGAAGACAAUGAAGCAGAUUGAAAGAGGCGGGAGACUCUUUCUGAGAACGUUAAAAUCCAACUGUUCUUCACAUAUUGGACAACGAGCAAAACGUACUUGUCAGUUAAAUCCAGCCAAUCUCAGACAGUUCAGUUGGUCUGCGGUUCAGAAUCAACUAUACACAUCUCGUCAUGGUGAUCUACAGUUGGAACAGAAGCCAUUGGGGCAAUUCAUGUUGGAGAAAUUUGAAAAAUUUGGUGAUCGAGUUGCUUUGGUAGAUUACCUUACAGACAGAAAAUACACAUAUGCUCAACUUCAAGCUGCUGUUGUGAAGGUUGCCAGUGCUCUGACAAGGUUAGGAUAUAGGAAAGGUGACAUCAUUUCUAUCCACAGUGUCAAUAUUCCAGAAUUCUCUGUCCUUCUCCUGGCUGCUGCUUCUGCGGGAAUUGUUGUCACUACUUCUAACCCAGCCUACACAGCAGGUGAGCUUUCCAGGCAGCUAGAACACGCCAAUGCUAAAGCAGUAUUCACUAUUCCUCAGCUUGUGCCUGUUGUUAAGGACGCUAUCGAAAGUUCCGAUGUAUUGCAAGGACUGGAAAAAAGUAUCACCGUGUUUGGGGAGAGUGAUGGCUGUCGACCCUUUGCUACUCUGAUGCAAGAUGAUGGAAAAGCAUUUCCUGAAAACGUUGUGAUCGACCCCUUGGAAGACAUUUGUGUGCUUCCCUACUCCAGUGGGACAACUGGACUUCCUAAAGGAGUCAUGUUAACUCAUAACAACCUUGUUGCCAAUCUACAACAAUUCAGACAAAUUCUCAAUGUGAGUGUGGAUGAUACAUCCCUCGGUAUUCUCCCCUUCUUCCAUAUCUACGGCAUGUGCCCUGUGAUGUUUGGAGUUCUGAUAGAUGGUGGGAAACUAGUAACCCUUCCAAAGUUUGACCCCGAGCAGUUUCUCAAGGCUUUGGAAGCUCACAAGGUAACACAACUUCAUAUCGUGCCACCCAUUGUCUUGUUUAUGGGAAAACACCCAAUUGUUUCCAAAUUUGACCUAAGUAACCUAAAAACGUUGACGUCAGGGGCAGCCCCGCUGGGGGAGGGGCUCUCUCACGAGGUCAUGGAUAGACUCAACGUCGUCAUCCGACAAGGGUAUGGCAUGACAGAGACCAGUCCUGUCACACAUCUUGAUGUCAUCCCACCCAACCCUGGAACAAUAGGACAAGUUGUUCCCAACACUCAAUGCAGGAUAGUGAAUCCUGAAACUGAUGAAGAUGUCCUGGAGGGAGAAGUGGGAGAGGUGUGUGUGAAGGGACCUCAGGUGAUGAAAGGGUACCUCAACAACCAGAAGGCCACGGACGAAAUGAUCAAGAAUGGAUGGCUUCACACGGGUGAUAUCGGUCAUUAUGUUAAGGAAAGAAAUGUUUUCAUGAUAACUGAUCGACUGAAGGAGCUCAUCAAAUACAAAGGAAAUCAGGUGGCACCAGCGGAGCUGGAAGAUCUUCUGCUUCAACAUCCAGCAGUACAAGAUGUCGCCGUUAUCGGACUUCCAGAUGAAGAUGGAGGAGAGGUUCCUAUGGCUUAUAUUGUGAAGAAACCCAACCAGGAAGUGUCGGCUCACGAUAUUGCAGCUUUUGUCGAAGGCAAUGUUGCACACUACAAACGAUUGAGAGGAGGUGUUGAAUUCACUGAUCAGAUUCCCAAGUCUCCCAGCGGAAAAAUUCUGAGGAGGAUUCUUAAAGAGUCUCUACCAAAACCAGUCUAAAGGGAGAGGAAACGUUUCUUAAGUACCCAGUUAAACAAUGCAAUUUGUGUGACAUCCACUGUGAUAGAUAUAUUUCUGUGUCAUCAAUGUCCAAAUCAUGUAUAUUGCACCAAUGUACUCAUAAUUAACAAACUUAAGAGUAGUUUGAAAUGCCCAAAUGGGAUAAUGAUACUAAUUCAAUAUUGUACCAUACAUGUACAAUUUACUUAUAAAUCAUUAUAUGUCUUGUACUAUUAAAAAUAGUACACAUACCUGUGUAAGCUUUGUAUUUGGUGUAAAUCCUAUACACCGAGUGGAGACAUUAUUGAUAUUAAAGGUGUAGAGGUUGUU